GCGGGCUGCUUUCGUGGGCCCCCGAGCUCGCCCGGAGCGAGCCGCAGCCCGCCUGGAGCCCCGUCGUCGUCCCUCCCGCCGGCGAGCAAGAUGAUGUGCGAGGUGAUGCCCACCAUCAGCGAGGCAGAAGGCCCCCCAGGAGGAAGUGGGAGCCAUGGGUCGGGCUCCCCUUCGCAGCCGGAUGCAGAUUCCCACUUUGAGCAGCUCAUGGUCUCCAUGCUGGAAGAAAGGGACCGCCUUCUGGACACGCUGAGAGAGACUCAAGAAACGCUUGCAUUAACCCAGGGGAAAUUACAUGAAGUUGGUCACGAAAGAGACUCUUUGCAGAGGCAACUCAAUACUGCGCUUCCACAGGAGUUUGCAGCGCUCACAAAAGAGCUCAACGUGUGCCGGGAGCAGCUCCUAGAGAGGGAAGAGGAAAUUGCUGAGCUAAAAGCAGAAAGGAACAACACCAGGUUAUUGCUGGAGCACUUGGAGUGCCUGGUCUCAAGACACGAGCGCUCUCUCAGGAUGACAGUGGUGAAGAGACAGGCACAAUCUCCUGCAGGGGUGUCCAGCGAAGUGGAGGUGCUUAAAGCCCUGAAGUCAUUAUUUGAACACCACAAAGCCUUGGAUGAGAAGGUCCGGGAGCGGCUACGAGUUGCGCUUGAGAGGUGUAGCUUGCUAGAGGAGGAGUUGGGUGCUACCCACAAAGAGCUAAUGAUUCUUAAGGAACAGAAUAACCAGAAAAAAACACUGACUGAUGGAAUGCUCGAUGUAAAUCAUGAACAAGAAAACACACCGAGCACAAAUGGAAAGAGAUCUUCUGAUGGCUCCUUGAGCCAUGAGGAAGACCUUGCGAAAGUUCUUGAGCUCCAGGAAGUCAUAGACAAGCAGUCAAGAGAGCAGAGCCAGAUGAAGGAGCGCUUGGCUGCCCUGUCCAGUCACGUGGCAGAGCUGGAGGAGGAUCUGGACACGGCUCGGAAGGAUCUGAUCAAGUCUGAGGAGGUGAACACAAAAUUGCAACGGGAUGUCCGUGAGGCAAUGGCCCAGAAGGAGGACAUGGAGGAGAGAAUCACUACCCUUGAAAAACGCUACCUCGCAGCACAGCGUGAAGCCACAUCUGUGCAUGACCUCAAUGACAAACUUGAAAAUGAAAUUGCAAAUAAAGAUUCUAUGCAUCGACAGACAGAGGACAAGAACCGCCAGUUACAGGAGCGCCUGGAGCUGGCCGAACAGAAGCUGCAGCAGACCUUGCGCAAGGCUGAAACGUUGCCGGAGGUGGAGGCCGAGCUGGCCCAGAGGGUAGCUGCGCUUUCCAAGGCUGAGGAGAGACACGGAAACAUUGAAGAAAGACUGCGGCAGAUGGAGGCGCAGCUGGAGGAGAAGAAUCAGGAGCUUCAGCGGGCACGGCAGAGAGAAAAGAUGAAUGAAGAGCACAACAAGCGCUUGUCGGACACUGUAGACAAGCUGCUGUUUGAAUCCAACGAGAGGCUCCAGUUGCAUCUGAAGGAGAGAAUGGCAGCACUGGAGGAUAAGAAUUCUCUAUUGCGAGAAGUUGAAAAUGCGAAGAAGCAAUUAGAAGAGACGCAGCAUGAUAAGGAUCAGCUUGUCCUAAACAUUGAAGCACUAAGGGCUGAGCUGGACCAGAUGAGACUGAGAGGUGCCUCACUCCAUCACGGCCGGCCCCACCUGGGCAGUGUCCCUGACUUCAGGUUCCCUGUGGCAGAUGGGCACACUGAUGCCUACAGCACCAGCGCGGUAUUGCGGCGCCCCCAGAAGGGCAGACUGGCAGCACUGCGGGACGAGCCCUCCAAGGUACAGACUCUCAAUGAGCAGGAUUGGGAACGGGCCCAGCAAGCCAGUGUCUUGGCAAAUGUGGCCCAGGCAUUUGAGAGUGACAUGGAUGUGUCAGAUGGUGAAGAUGACAGGGACACACUGCUGAGUUCCGUUGAUCUGCUGUCACCCAGUGGUCAGGCCGAUGCGCAGACUCUGGCCAUGAUGCUUCAGGAGCAGCUGGACGCCAUCAACAAAGAGAUCAGGUUGAUACAAGAAGAGAAGGAGAACACAGAGCAGCGGGCAGAGGAGAUUGAGAGUAGAGUUGGCAGUGGAAGUUUAGACAAUCUUGGUCGUUUUAGAUCAAUGAGCUCCAUUCCCCCCUACCCUGCUUCCUCGCUCGCUGGCUCCUCCCCUCCGGGCAGCGGUCGGUCCACCCCAAGAAGGGUCCCUCACAGCCCCGCUCGGGAAGUGGACAGAUUGGGUGUCAUGACGCUGCCUAGUGAUUUAAGGAAACACCGUAGAAAGUUGCCAGCUUCCAGAGAAGAGGUACGAGACGACAAGACCACAAUAAAAUGUGAAACCUCCCCCCCUUCCUCCCCACGGUCACUGCGGUUAGACAGGCUGCACAAAGGCGCACUGCACACAGUCAGCCACGAGGACAUCAGGGACCUGAGGAACUCCACAGGCUCCCAGGAUGGUCCGGUGAGCAACCCCAGCAGUAGUAACAGUAGCCAGGACUCACUCCACAAGGCCCCCAAAAAGAAGGGCAUCAAGUCCUCCAUCGGUCGCUUGUUUGGCAAGAAGGAAAAGGGCCGACCUGGACCAACUGGCAAGGAGUCGCUAGGACAAGCUGGUGUGUCAGAGACAGAAAAUUCAUCUCAAGAUGCCUUGGGACUCAGCAAGUUGGGAGGACAAGCUGAAAAAAAUCGUAAACUUCAGAAAAAGCAUGAGUUGCUGGAGGACGCCCGCAGACAAGGCUUACCAUUUGCUCAGUGGGACGGGCCCACGGUGGUGGUGUGGCUGGAGCUCUGGGUUGGGAUGCCCGCAUGGUACGUGGCUGCCUGCCGUGCCAAUGUGAAAAGUGGAGCUAUCAUGUCUGCCUUGUCGGACACUGAAAUCCAACGGGAGAUUGGCAUCAGCAACCCGCUUCACAGGCUGAAACUGCGGUUGGCUAUCCAGGAGAUCAUGUCACUGACCAGCCCAUCUGCCCCGCCUACAUCAAGGACGACCACAGGAAAUGUCUGGCUAACACACGAGGAGAUGGAAACGCUCACAGCCACGCCGCAGACGGAAGAUGAGGAGGGAAGCUGGGCUCAGCAGACACUCGCGUAUGGGGACAUGAACCAUGAGUGGAUUGGCAACGAAUGGCUGCCCAGCCUAGGCCUCCCACAGUACCGCAGCUAUUUCAUGGAGUGCCUUGUGGAUGCCAGGAUGCUGGACCACCUGACCAAGAAGGACCUGCGUGGACAGCUGAAGAUGGUUGACAGCUUCCACAGAAACAGUUUCCAGUGUGGAAUUAUGUGCCUAAGAAGGUUAAAUUAUGACCGAAAAGAACUGGAAAGAAAGAGAGAAGAGAGUCAGAAUGAAAUCAAAGAUGUGCUUGUUUGGAGCAAUGAUCGUGUGAUCCGUUGGAUCCUGUCAAUUGGCCUUAAAGAGUAUGCAAACAACCUCAUAGAGAGCGGUGUGCAUGGUGCGCUUCUGGCCUUAGAUGAAACCUUUGAUUUCAAUGCACUGGCGCUGUUGCUGCAGAUCCCCACGCAGAACACACAGGCUCGAACUGUCUUGGAAAGGGAGUUUAACAACCUUUUGAUCAUGGGAACUGACAGAAGAUUUGAUGAAGAUGAUGACAAAAGCUUUCGGAGAGCACCUUCAUGGAGAAAAAAGUUCCGACCAAAGGACAUCCGAGGUCUGGCUGCCGGCUCUGCAGAGACACUCCCUGCUAAUUUCCGGGUCACUUCCUCCAUGUCCUCACCCUCUGUGCAGCCAAAGAAGAUGCAGAUGGACGGCAGUGUGUCAGGAGCACAGAGGCUGGACUCGGCCACGGUCAGGACUUACUCCUGCUAGAGCCUUCUGCUGUUUACCCACACUACUUCUACCGGUGACGAUGUGGCUCCGAAUCCAGCAGACUACGUAUCAGAAUUGAGUGGAAUCUAAUCUGUUCAUACUCGCUAUUAUGGACCUGAAGAUAUUUUAUUACAGAGUUUUUAAAUUAGUGAAAAAAUCACAAAUACCAUAGAGAAAAUAUUUUAGACUCUAAUGUUUCUUAUAUUUAUGUAAACUGCGGCUCUUUGUUGGUUUAGUACUUACUUUUUCAUGUAUGUCCAGGCUAUAAAUAUCCUUUUGAAUCAAUUCAUGUUCUUACACCUGAUUUUAGUCUUUCAAAUGAAUGUACUGUACUGCUUGUAUGUAUAAAUCCUAUGAACAAAUAGAGGGCUUUUGUAAAUUGUGCAUUUAUUGUAAUUAUCCCUGUGUAAUUUUUUAAUGCUAAACCAUGACAGGAAAGGAUUUUACUAUGUUUAUAAAGUCACCAUGACAAGCCAUGUGCAUUCUCCUCUACCCUGCUCCAAAGCAAUCAUUCUCAAAGAAAGAAGUGGACUUCAUUUCUAGCAAUUAUUGUCAUAUUUAAUGAUUGACCUUAACUGUCCUCUUCCUAGCAAGAAAUCUCCAGUUUGACUGAAGGCUCAGAACACUGUACCCAUAGCCUUGGGCUGCCCUCUCCCGCCUCCAGUGGAUAUGAGUGCAAGUCUCUUGUCUCAGAGGCCGACAGGGCCAUGAGCUGGGAACCACACCCCACAGCCUGGGCAACCUACAGUGCAGAACCUUCCUGAAGGGAAUCUCCCUGCAGCCACUCUUCGAGGACCAAUCACGGAGCUUUUGCUCAUCUCUGCAGGCAACCUAAUAAAGGCCUUAUUUUUCUUAUGUAAACCAUCUUUUUACAUUGUUUGUAACGUGUCUAUUUAGCUUUGAUGGCAUAGCCACUUGAGUGAGUAGCAAAUACAACAUUCACUUUCCGGUGGCAUCUUAAAAAGCCAGCAGGCCAAGCCCGGCCAUGUGCGUAUUUAUUAUGCAGCCACGUGGUGGAGUGGCAUCCUCUUACAUUUGGUGUUGACUCUUAGCUCACUCUACAAUCUGCUGUCACCAUUCCGUUUUCUGUUCAUUUCUGUGAACUCCUGAUUACGUAAAAAAGUGUGUACAGUCUCCUUUUGAACUGUUUUUAUCACAGUAUUAUUUAUUGCUUUCUUUCAAUAAAGUACUGAAGCAUUUUUCCACUGCCA